CACACAAAAAAAGUCACAAUGUGUGCCCUACAACUACAGUUGGGGUAGGUCAUGACUGACUGAGAAUUGGUGCUAGGAGGAGAGGAGGGGAAGGCUGCAAAGCGAUACGAUUUACAAAAUAUGCAGUGAAAGCACCUCGAUAACUGAAAGAUAAGAUAACACGACUAAUAAAGAGAGACAAAAUGGAAGAUUUGUAUCAUGCAGCAAUCACUACGUGUUUGCACCACGCCUACAGUGGAGGUUAGGAAGCCCCGACGACAGCAGCGCCGCCACCCAGCACCCGACACCCUUAUGAGGACACGCGCAGGAACCGAAGAUAAAGCAGACGCUGCCAAGCAAAAGCCGAGGAGACAGCCAUGUUGUGGCUCCUGCAGAAACCACAACCUGGAGGUGCCAGUCAUCAACCAUCAAUGCCAGUAUGCGGAGUGCACCUGUGUGUUCUGCGAGCUUACCAGGCGACGCAGGAGGAUCAUGCGACACCAGCAGCGCCUGUGGAGGUUUAAGAAAUUCAGCUGGCAGCAGAGAGAGAUGGAAGAGAACACUAGUGAGGGUGAAGGGACACCAAACAACUGCCAGUCUGAGGAGCAGCAGGAGCAGAACCACGCCAGGAGGGAAAUGGUGUGCGACAAAUGCCGGAACCAUAACAAGAUUGUCAAGAAGCGCGGCCACAAGGGCAGCUGUCCAUUUGAAAACUGCAAGUGUGAGUUGUGCGUCUUCACCCUCAAGCGGCAGAAACUAAUGAAGCACCAGCAGCGAGUAAGGAGAUCUCAAAUAGCUGCUCCCAUGGUACGAGUCAUGAGGACCCAACCCCAGCCCCAGGCCACUGCUGACAGUCCGGAUAGUGAUCUGCAGUCCGUGGAAAGUGUUCCAACAACCCCACCCACAGACAGCCUUCAUGAAAGGAUGGAUAGGUACACUGAAGCAGAAAGAAGUCCUCUUGUCCACGCUGUCCCUCAGGAAAUGUCGCCCACGGUUGAAUGGACCAGCCAAAUGAGCGAGUGUACCAUGGAGGAAGCGCCGCAGCCGCAAGGCCACUGCUUCCAACCUGUCACCACCACCCCCGGCCAACCAGCAUCCUUCGACCCCCAACUGGAAUACCACAGCAUCUCAGACAUUCACUCAACUGUCCCACUCACCAAAAAUGAUCAUAACUUUAACUCAUCCCAAAAACUUGAGUGUCCAGAACACAUGAGGUUCUCAGUGAUGUGUGGCGGUUUUGGACGCGUCGCACAGGUCCAGAAUGUUUCUACCACACUCUCCUCCCUUCCUACGUAUGGGCACCACCACUUUGUGCCUUGGAAUGGACCAGUGUCUGAGGUGGGUGACAGGUGCAGGAUGGAAGCCAACAAUAACGUUCACCAUAAAGUUCCGUUCAGGCCACAACCCAUUCCUGCCGAUCGCUUUCCUCGUCCACAGAUGGACUGGCCGUUCAUAGGCUUCCCUUACCCUUCAGCCAACGUGAUUCAGUCAGCCCCGCAACCUUCAAUUUCUGUCUGUGACAACUUCAUGCCACAUCAUCCCCAAACAGCCAUGGAUGAACACUGGUAUGGGACCAGAGGUCCCGUGCAUCCGACGGAAGGAAAUGGAGUCUCUCCUUAUUCUGGUGGUAUUCCCUACUUUGCCUCUGCCCUGCUACAUCCCGGUGCCAAACCUUCCUUGUCAUUUAUGCCUACAAAUAGAACUCUGCCCGAGUACGGCUCGUCUCUGAGCGAGUACAAGGAACGAGACCCGCAUAAUGUCAACCAUUUUAGACCCUUGCCAAGAAACUGCAACAACAUCACAGUAUGAACAAAGCAACUGCUUGGACAUGCAUACAUGAAACUUGUCAUGAUUGUGAAUCAAGUGUCUUAAAAGAAAAAAAAGUGGUAUAGUGGCAGCCAGAGAGCCACAGGUAAUUAUCGGAGUUAUUGCUUAUGGUCUCAUAAGAAACAUUGAUUGGCAAGCUACCAUGACGGUCCUGACAGCGUGACCAUCUCAUAGAGAAUUUAUUCCAUCUGCAUAUCAAUUUCUCUGUUUCUAUGAAGUGCCCAAGCUAAGUCUUACAGUUCUGACAAACAGAGAAGAUCACAGUUCAAUUUAGGGAAAGAAUCAUUCUGCGCUUUCGUUAACUUUAGAGAGAAUAGCUAAGCUGUGCUACCAUUAAAAAAAUGAAAGACAUUGUUACUGGUAGAGCAAACUGAAGCAGUAUAUUACCAGAAAAAUUCAAGUCGAUCAACUCUAACUCAGGCCUUGGCGAUUAUACUUGUGGCCUGACUUCUAGCGUCAAAUUUACAUACAAGAGUACAUCUCGAGGCAAUGUUGUCCUGCUCUCAGCUAGAUUUCUCUGUUUUCAUGAUAACCCAAAGCUGGGCAUCACAGGUGAUGUUUCUUUGAAUACUGAGUGCAUAUUCCUGCAUCCUAGUAAGUGAAUUGUUGUAGAUAAUCUUAGUUUAGUUUGUGAUGACAUGAGUAAGAAAAAGUCAGGAAGCUUAGAUAUCUAAACGAUCGAAUUUUCUUCAAAGUUUUCAAUUGGUAUUAAAAACAUGAGAGGUUUCUUUCCACUACGGAACAAUGGCGAAAUACAAUUGAUUUCUGAGACCCAUAAUUGAAAGAUACAGUGAGAAAAAUGAAACACAGCCUGAGAAACAGCAGAGUGGCGCGUGAAAGUUGAGACUAAGUACAAGUGAAACACACCACCGCCAGGAAAUAUACUCAGGCUCCCAGUAGGUACUGGACAGACAAGGCGGUGUGCUGCAUUAACACAAACUUCGAUUCUGGUAAAGAAAACGAGAAGAAAAAAAUGUCAGGGCAUCUCAGAAAAUCUAUGAGGAGACAAAUUUUAUAUUGUACAGGGGCUGUGAAGUGCAGGGCUGUGAGAGGAGACUGCUACUCAGACAGACACACUGACUGCAGCAGUCCCUUCUUUUAUGUAAGAGAUAUGUCCAGUAUGAGGCUGUGAUUGUUUUGUUUUAUUUUUUAUCCAUUUCCCUUUUUCCAUGAAUGUUUCCCUGUGUCAUAUUUCCUUCACUAUUUGUUGCUCACACACUAAGUAAUAGGAAAAAGUAGCUACUCGUACGUCGAAUAAACAAAGGGUUGAAUAUUAUCGCUUGUACCUAUAGAUUUACAUCUCUCUCUCUCUCUCUCUCUCUCUCUCUCUCUCUCUCUCUCUCUCUCUCUCUCUCUCUCUCUCUCUCUCUCUCUCUCUCUCUCUCUCUGUAUCGUUUAUAUUUCAGUGUACUGUAUCCUUCAGGACGACACACUGAGUUUCACAUUUUGCAACGUAUGAAAAUAUUGUUUUGUUUGAUUACUAAAGAUCUGAAAAUAAAACUUCAAACAGUUUCUCCUCAUGACUAGUUAUCCUAUGAAAAUUUUUACUUCAGUAACGUUCAAAGUUCUAAACUGAUGCGUGUGUGUGUGUGUGUAUCACAGGCUUGGAACAUGACCUCAAAUCUACUUGUAAAAACACACACACACACACACACACACACACACACACACACGUCAUUAUAGUAUUAAACAUUGUCUAAAUAUAGCUCGCUCUUCUUAACCUUCUAUUUUCUUAAACAAAUGGAUGUUAGAGAAUGUGUUCCAUCACAAGUGUGCUGGUUGAUGUAUACAGUUCCAUCAAGCAAAGGUGAAGGAAAGGUAUGCUGGGAGAAGUAAGAUUACUUUUGGUUAACAAAGCAACAUGAAAUGCAAACUUGAAAUGCAUAGUGUUAAUAAUUUUCUGUUAUGGGGCGCCUGACAUCAACAGACCACGUAAUAAUUAUGGAGAAGGCUAUUCCUGAACUUUUUUUUCUUUUUUUAGAUGCAUAGUUGAUUAACAAUUCUGGGCACUUAUACCUGACCUUCAACUUCAUACAAUAUCAUAUACUACGAGAGGAAUAAAGAAUUAGUUUGGAUCGAUGGUUGUAGGCACGCUUGAAAAAUCUCUAAUGACUCACGGGUGUGUUUUUACUGAUCAAAGCCAUCGUCGUAGGGUCGAGGGAAAGCAGUAUUUCCUCUGACAAUAUAUUUGAGUAGGUUUGACCGUAAUAAUUGUUCGGACAAAGUUCAUCUAUGUUAUCCACUGGUAUAAAACCUUUUCGGAACAUUACACUAGUUAUAAACACAUGCAAUCAAGUAGGCAUUAUGAUAUUUAGUUUAUACACAAAAAAUAGAAUGUUUACCUUAAUCAUCUCCCUGCGCACGUCUAAAUCUCGCGGCCUCUCUCUCGUGAUACUCUGAAAGCUAUAGGGUCAGCAAACACUCAAACAAAAUCACAUCGAGGUGAGGCUUUAUAUGGCUUUAAAUAUUGAUAUUUUAGUACGAUACAUAUGUUUUCAUGCACAGAAAAUAUCAAACGUUUCUUAUGAUGAUAGAGUAAUAAUUACAAUAUAAUAUUAUAAGUAAACCCUUACGUGCCGUAACAAUGGUGGUCAAGUGAAGGGGAAGAAGAAAAGUGGCUACAUUAAAAUUUGGAUAAUUGUAAUUAAACCCGAAGAUAGUUAGGAACUCUAGACUUAUAUUUUUUUAAUUAUCUAAACACCCAUUACAAAACAUCACAAAAUAAGCAAAGGGACAAGGGAUUGCAUUCAAUCUGUGUAAUUGUAGUUAGUCAGAAAUUCUAAUCUUUAGAAAUUCGUUUUCAGUUAACACACUAUAAUGCACCAAAAAAACAAGACCAAAAAUAAGCAA